AUGUCUGCAAACCCCAAAAAACCAGCCGGCAACAAUGGCGCCACGGGGCCCAGCAAAUCAACUGCUGAACGGCCAGUCAUCGACACCCGCGCGGCAGCCAAAUCUCCUAACGGCCUUCAUCGAACCCCUUCAGGGCGUGCGUCCCCUGUUUCCGCCCGUGCUGCCGCUCGCAAGCCAGGGAGGUCAAAUCUGAGCGUUUCCAGUGUACCCAAGAUGGCGAAUACCGAUACCUCCGACGACGAGGCACGGGCCCAAAAUGCCGCCCUUAUAGAUGAUCUGAAGGAACAAUUACAAAAGGCAGAGACAGCCUCGGAACAGUAUCGGAAACAACUCGGUGUAUUACAAAUGCGGUUAGAUGAGGCGGUUGCUGAGCAAGCAAAGCUUGAAGACCAGGCGCACGAGAAAGAGAGUAAGAUUGAAACCUUGACCACGGAGAUCCGUGACCAUGCACGCCAGCUGCGUGAUCUAGAACAAGCGCACGACCAGGACAGAACCGCAAUGCUGCAAGAUAAAGAACAACAAGCAAGCAGGGUAGAGGAACUACAGGGUACGAUUCAGCGACUGAAGGAAACAAUUGCGCAGAAGGAUAUCAGGGUCAACACUGACAGUGAUAAGGAUAUUUCGAGAUCAUCCAGCUUUCGCAAUCGUCCUUCUCCAGACAAUGUUGAUAAUGGGCAAUUUGCCCCUUCGUCGCAACUCGAGCGUAGCCCUUCCAGAAAUAACGCUAAACUUUUGCUGCAAAAAGACAAAGUCAUCGAGUCGUUGAGACUGGAGCUCGCAGAGUCUCAAAUCAAGCUAGUUGAAAUGGAGAACAGGGGCGGUGGUCGACAGCAGGAGCUGGAACGAGAGCUCUUGGAGGCAAGAAUGGCCAACGCUCGCCUUAUGGAGGACAAUGAAAGCUACCAGCUUCUACUUAGCGAGAAAACUCUGAAUGGCGAUUUUACAAAGGGCGAUUUCCUGCAUGACCACCCCCCCGCGGCAUCCCAAACUCUGAGCGGCUCACUCGCAGAUGAGCUUGAGUCAGUAGGCGAGGGAAACCAAUCAGAUACACGUAAACUAGAGGGGGAAGUCAAGGCUCUCAAGGAUCAAAACAAAGCCCUUACUCUAUAUAUCGAGCGAAUUAUUGGACGACUCUUGCAGCACGAAGGUUUUGAGAAAAUUUUGGAUAAGAACGACACCCCUCUAUCAGACUCAGCCGGCGGACCUAAGAUCGACAAAGAUUUGCCGCCUCCACCACCGGAGAAAGAUACGCCUUCGCUUCUUGACCGUGCCAGGUCUGUGGUGACUGGCCAAGCCAAUCGGCCACAUCCAAAGCCUCGGCCGAUGAGUGUCAUGCCACCACCGACCUCAGCUCCAUCUGCGCAUGAAAAUCCGAAUACAGCCCCGAGUAUCCCUCUUGGACGCUCCCAAUCAGUCCGUACUGGGCAUCGAAGGUCUCGUUCUGAUCAAAUGGGCGACGGCGUUGCGGCGGCUGCAGUCGUUGGACAAAUGUACAGCGGCCUUUCGGGAGCACGUAGUCCAUCUGGCGGGCCUUUGAGCCCAACUACUAUGGGACCAGGAUCUCGACACAGUGGAUUCUUCGGCUCUAACUACAUUUCUAGUGGAACCGGACGUACUCCUUCUCAAGGCAGUCAGCCGGACCGCAAGAGAUUAAGCAGCUCUGACAGCAUGUCCAGCGAUGCCAACGCCGAGGUCAACUCUCUGGGAGCUACAUCUACCCCUCCCAGCCGAUCUAGCAGCAGCAUGAACAACUAUACUGGCGCUGUCAUGACGCAAAACAGACUACGACCUUUGCGACUUGUUCGCGAAAAUCAGGAACUAGAAAAUGGGUCCUCCCAAGACGACGAGGCAGCGAACAAGCGAGCAAACAGAGCUAGUUGGAUAUCGUGGUUCAACCGUCCACCUCCCACGUCAGCUCCAGAGGAGAAUCCCAAGCCAUGA